GAGUUCAGUUUUGUGUAAGAUUCAUAACUCAAAUCCUUGCAACUUUAAUCUCUAGAAGACAAAUUGAAGUAGGAAAGUAUUCAUGUCGAAGAAGAAUAGCUUAGCACGUAGAAAGAAGCAGCAUGAAUUCGAUCUUAGGAGAGAGAAAGAGGAAAAGGAAAAGAAGGCAAUGAAGUUGCAGGCAAAUAAGGCGAAAAUGAAGAUUGAUGGGAGUGAUAAGAAGAAGAAGAAGAAGGGCACGGGUGGUUUUCAAGUUGGGAAGAAAAAAUUGAAGACCAAAUUGUCGGCUUUGGGAGAGGCCAAAGCUGCUCAAGCAAUGGAAAUUGACAAGUGAUUGUGCUUUGAAGAUCUAAAAGUCAAGGAGAAAUUUACUCUAGAGGUAGUUUCUUUUUUUUCUUUUCUUUUCUACGGUAACAUUUGCUAUAUCAGGCUCCCUUGUUUCAAGAAUUCUUAAAUUUUGAGUGUUGGGGUUUGAUGGUUGGUUUUGCAUUUUACUGAGAAAGUAAAGAAGUUCCUUGAAAGCUAAUGAGAAUGAGAACUCAGUUGCGUAUGCAUGCUCUUUUAAAAAGUGAAGCAAGUAUUUCUCUCUGUAA